AUGAAUUUCCCAGGAAUGACCCCUCCAGUCGGUGGCGCUGCUGCACCCCCCGGAAUCGGUGGUCCUCAAGAUCCCAACAUCAAAGCUGUCCAAGCUGCGAUGGAGUCUUGCUUCGGAAAGUCCGUCAUGUCUGGAGUGAUGGGUUUCGGUAUGGGUGGUUUGUUCGGAAUGUUUAUGGCUUCUAUGUCCUACGAUACUCCAUACCACACAGCCGCUCCCGGCAGCCCGCAAAACACAGUCACAUCUCUGCCUCUAAAGCAACAACUCAAGAUUGGAUUCAAGGACAUGGGUACACGAUCAUGGUCUAUGGCCAAGAACUUUGGAAAGGUCGGAGCGCUAUACUCUGGCGUUGAGUGCGGUAUCGAGGGUCUGCGUGCGAAGAACGAUCUCACCAACAGUGUCGCAGCGGGAUGCUUGACAGGCGGCAUUCUAGCCAAGAAUGCUGGUCCUCAAGCUGCUGCUGGCGGCUGCUUGGCCUUUGCUGCUUUCAGUGCGGCUAUUGAUGCCUACAUGCGAUCACCACCCAAGGACGACUAA